UCAUCUCCCUCCCUCUCUUCCCCUCCCUCCAAGCCAAUCUCUGUCUCUGUCUUCAAACAGACCUUCUCUUCAAAACCCCUUUUCCCAUCUCUCUCCCUCUCGUCUUUUGUCUCUGCUACCACGCCUACACCAUGGCAGUAGCUGAGCUAUCAACACCUUCAUACACCAAGACCCACCUUUUUCAAUUAUCCCAGCUCUCACCCUUAUCGACCCAUCUCCACUUUCACCGUCGUGUCGCCUUUCGGCCGCUCCCUCACACUCGAAAUGCCAGAAUCUGUUGCUCUGUUGCACCCAAUCAAGUUCAAGCUCCAGCAGCUCCAGCGCAAACCGAAGACCCGAAGAACAAGCCUGAGUGCUUCGGCGUGUUCUGCCUCACCUAUGAUCUCCAAGCUGAAGAAGAGACAAAAUCAUGGAAGAAAUUAAUUAAUAUUGCAGUCUCAGGUGCAGCUGGGAUGAUAUCUAAUCAUCUACUAUUUAAACUUGCGUCAGGCGAGGUUUUUGGGCCAGACCAACCUAUUGCGUUGAAACUAUUGGGAUCUGAAAGGUCCUUCCAAGCUCUUGAAGGAGUUGCUAUGGAAUUGGAGGAUUCUCUUUUUCCGUUGUUGCGGGAGGUGAGCAUUGGCAUUGAUCCAUAUGAGGUUUUCCAAGAUGCAGAAUGGGCUCUUUUAAUAGGAGCAAAGCCUCGAGGUCCUGGAAUGGAAAGAGCAGACUUGUUGGAUCUGAAUGGGCAGAUUUUUGUCGAGCAGGGAAAAGCUCUUAAUGCUGUUGCAUCACAUAACGUCAAAGUGAUUGUAGUUGGAAACCCUUGUAACACAAAUGCACUCAUCUGUUUGAAAAAUGCUCCAAACAUACCUGCAAAGAAUUUUCAUGCUUUAACACGGCUGGAUGAAAAUAGAGCAAAAUGUCAGCUAGCCCUCAAAGCAGGUGUCUUCUAUGAUAAAGUGUCAAACGUGACCAUCUGGGGAAACCACUCAACCACCCAGGUGCCAGACUUCUUAAAUGCUAGAAUUAAUGGCUUGCCGGUCAAAGAGGUCAUCAAGGAUCACAAAUGGUUAGAGGAAGAAUUUACCGAACUUAUCCAGAAGAGAGGAGGUGUGCUCAUCAAGAAAUGGGGAAGAUCGUCAGCUGCAUCAACUGCCAUGUCAAUUGCAGAUGCCAUAAAGUCUUUGGUUACUCCUACCCCAGAGGGCGAUUGGUUUUCAUCUGCAGUUUACACAAAUGGAAAUCCCUAUGGUAUAGCAGAGGAUUUAGUAUUCAGUAUGCCAUGCAGAUCUAAAGGAGACGGCGACUAUGAACUUGUAAAGGACAUACAAUUUGAUGACUAUCUUCGCAAGCGAAUAAAAAGGAGCGAAGCUGAGUUACUAGCUGAGAAAAGAUGCGUCGCUCACCUUACUGGGCAGGGUAUCGCUGUGUGUGAUUUACCCGAGGAUACUAUGCUUCCUGGAGAGAUGUAAACCUCAGCAGACAAGUUCCACGUCUCGAGAACUUUUACGAAGGAUACGAUACCACAUAGAGCACAUGAGGCAAAUAAUGGAGCAUCAUUUAUGUAGUAAGAGCAUGAAAAUAAACCAGAGGGAGUAAUGUAAAAGUCAUUAAAUUUUGAGGUUUCUGCUGUGCAGCCUAGAUCCUGAACAUUUACGUCUAAAUUUAUAUUUGUGUUUGAGUUGCAAAUAACCGUAAUCCUGAACAUUUACCUCAAUUGCUCUCUGAUUCUUAUCUCCUUGAUUAAAAAAAAUGUGCAUUAUCUGUCA